CCAUACUUUAGUCUACCUGUACAUUUCCCAAGUAAGCCGCUAGUUGUACACGUCGUCGAUCGUUGAAAUCUCUUAAGAAGUAUAUAAAACACACCAAAAUAAUCAAAAAACCUUCAAAACACGCAAAAAAAGUACCCCAAAAGUGCAUUCUAGAUUCUAAAGACAACCGAGUGACUUUCAAAGUUAUAUGUGCGAUUAUUCGGAGUUUGUAUUAAGUGUUUAAGUGGUAGUGGCGAUCUUAGGAAUUUAGGUGUGUGAUACUUAAGGAAUUUCUUGGUGUUUUUUGGAUUAUUUCUUCUGCAAUUUUCUCUGGAAUAAUAACAAAUAAACAUGUAGGAUCCCAAUAAAAAACAGUAGAUUAGAUUACCAAGAAAAAAAAUAGGUUAGAAUAGUUAAGGGUGAAAUAGUUAAGAUGUCUUCAGAAUCUACACCUAUUUGUAGAUGUAGAGUGUUGUAUUUGGGAUCCAGUGUCCCCCAGCAAACAAAAGAUGGUCUACAGGGGAUACAGGAACCAUUACAGGAAUUAUAUCCAGAUCAAGGUGCAACUGGAGCCCGUGGUAUAGACAGUUGGCUAAGCGUGUGGUCAAAUGGUAUUUUACUGGAAAACGUCGACGAAAAUCACAAAAAAAUCACCAGGUUUUUCCCCAUUGAAAGUUUACAUUACUGCGCAGCCGUAAGAUAUGUUCUAGUGCCUGAAAAAAAUACACUGCAUAGUCCUUCGCCCAGAUUUCUCCCCUUGGACUCUCCAUUCGCUCGAGCUCCCAACCCAACGCACCCACCUCUAUUCGCCGCCAUUUUGAGGCGCACAUCCGGAAUUAAAGUAUUGGAGUGUCAUGCUUUUAUUUGCAAAAGGGAAGUUGCAGCUAAUGCUUUAGUACGCUGCUGUUUUCAUGCCUAUGCAGAUUCAAGCUACGCUAAGCAAGUUGAUAGUGCUGGAAGUAUAUAUGGAACUUUAGCCAGUGAAAGAAUCACCAAUAAGGAUAAGCUUGAUGAGUGGAAAAUGACCCGGUCACAAUCAGGUUCCACCAUCACCAUAAAUACCAUAGGAAACGGACAAAUCAAUGGACAUGGUAAUGGUAAUGGUAACGCAAACACAAACGGUAAAGACGACGUAAGCAUCUACAAUGGAGAUGACAACCACAAGGUGUGGGCUGGUUCCCAAGACAACUUGGAUGGUAUUUACGAUGUGUAUUCGACUUCCACAAUAAGCAGGCCUUCUAGACCUAGACAGAUAGUGCAACCUGUGGCUGUCCCACCCCCACCAAUGAAAGAGAAAAAGAAGAAGAGUAAGGGGAAAUCUCUUGGUAGUUCAAGAGAAGACUUAUAUCAUCCACUAAUGAACGGUAAAGCUAGCAGUGUGUCUGGAACAAUGAUGAAGCAACAACGUCAUAUGCCUCAGAUGCACCAAAUGCACCAAAUGCACCAAAUGCAGCAAAUGCAACAUCAGCAACCGAUUUAUAUCAUGGCGCCUCAUCCGGGAACACUACCAAACCCCAAAUUCUUCAAACAACACGGGAACACUUUCUCCUACAGACCUAGAGGGAAAAUGUUGAUACCAGCUCGCCCCAUACCUCCACCAAUGGUACCCAUACCACCAAUGGCCCCCAUGAUGAUCCCAACGCUGCAGAAAAACAAAAAAAACAAAAACAAGCAACACGUGAUGGAGGAGCCCAUUUACAUGCCCAGCAACAGGGCUCUUAGCCCCGUGGCUAGCUACCAACCCGUGAAUUUUCCCCAUGAAGCUUACUUGAUGCAGCACUACGCGACCUUGGAGUCUCAGGGGAAGCAGCAGACGAAAAAUCGACGGGAGAAGAGUCAGGAGAAAAAGUUGAGCAAAAAGUUGGCUCAAAGUAUGAACGGUCUAGACGACCCCAAUUUAUCCGAGGAGAGUCCUUUUAACACUGGGAUAUACAGGAAAAAAGGUCAUCUAAAUGAAAGGGCUUUCUCCUACUCCAUCAGGCAGGAACAUAGGAGUAGAAGUUAUGGCAGUUUGGCCAACUUGAAGUUCGCCACACCCAUACCCAAUGGACAUGAUGUAGAGGAUAGAGAAGACAUAAAAAAGGAGAGAGAAAUAAUGCAGAUGGUUCAAGAUUUAGAUCUUUCUGGUGACGAAUUGGAACGCUCUGAAGUACCAAGAGGGAUGUACGAGUCAAGACAAAUGGGACCUGGAGCUCCAGUCCUAGUUACAGCCCCACCACAAAUGAAUGGGAGGGGACAUCGUCGGUAAAAAGAUAUGGUUAAACCACUUAAACAUCAGCCAUAGAUACAUCACAAUUAUAUUUUUUUAAACAAAAUAAACAUUUCAUAUACUUUUUUAUAAGGUUAUAAAAGUAUACUGAUUUUUUUACUGAAAUAUAUAUACACAUAUAAAUAUAUAUAAUAUUAAAACAAUUCAAGUUUUUAUUUUAAACUUGCGAUUGUAUUAUUUUAUUACGUAAUUUUAUAUACCUAGGUAAUAAUAAUUAUAGUCAGAUAGAUAAAAUGUAUAUAAGAUUACCUACAUAAGAACUAAAAUAAUAUAUAUAUACAUACAAAAAAUAAUACUGAUUUUUUUAACCAUAGAAUAUUUUAUAUAGUUUUAAUGACAAUAUUAUCUAUAAUACUUACAGGGUGUUUAAAUAUAAUGUACAUUUUGUACACCCUGUAUAUUCUCCAAUACUCAUGUAAAUAUUUUGUAAAUUAUUUAAAUUUUACUAAUUUGCUCAAAUUUAUGAAAUCAUCAGUCAAAAUCAUUUUAUGUUUUAAUUAUUAUUAAGUUUUAAUUGAAAAAUUUUUAAUUACUAAUUUUGUAAUUUAAAAAGGUAUAAGGUUUGAAUUAAAAAAUAAUUACCAAAUAUUUUAUAUUUUGUGAAAACGAUUAUUUUUGGAUAACAUUUUUAUAUUAUUAAAAAAAAUAACCCUUAAUCAUAUUAUUAUUAUUAUACUCAUUAUUGUAUUUUUAAAUAACUUUGUUUUGUUGUAUAUUUUAAAUCGAUUUUUUAUUUUUAUUUGUGCCAUUAUGUCACACCUUGUUUAACCCAUACAAAAUGUAUAGACUUUUAAAAGGCAUCUAAGUUUUGUAAAUUAAUUUUUUAUUUUUGUAUUACAUUUACACUGUUUAACUCUUGUAAGAAUGAUCUGUAAAUAAAUAAGGUAUUUAAAAAAGAGUUUUUUUUCAAACGUCAGUAUGAUUGAUUGAUUUUAAAAAGCUAAAAACAAAAUAACGUGAUUUUUGUCUUC